AUGUCAGCGGAGGAGUGCAGGGAUGAGCUUCAGGAGUCUAAAGGAGAAGUUUUGAGAAGAUUUCGGAACGAGCUGGAGAGGUCCCUUGAACGGUCUGACCUCCUCAACACAUCGGACCUGAUUGUUCUACAGGCGUUCGUGCUUUACAUUGUCUGUAGCAGAUGCGACAAGCAAGGACCGGAUACCAAGCGCCUGACAGAGGUCGCAAUCAAGAUCGCAUUUCGGAACAACCUACAUCGAGAUGGCCUGGAGCUCAACAUGUCCCCUUUCGAAGUCGAGAUCAGACGGCGAUUAUGGUGGCAGAUUUGUAUCUUAGAUGUGCGGACUGCUGAGGACAGUGGCUCAGAUCCACAUAUUCUUUCAAAUUCUUUCGACACACAACUUCCUUCCAAUGUCAACGACGCGAGCCUCCACCCUGAUAUGAGUGAAAUGCCCGAAGUCAAUCCUGGGAAGACAGAGAUGUCAUUCACCCUUGUCAGGUUUGAAGGGAGCAAUUUCGCACGGCGAAUAGUCUUCUCCGAUAAGUUUUGUCAAGAGAAUUCCUACGAGAUCCUAUCAGCUCCCGAGAAAUGCGUGGCCAUCAAUAAGUUCAGAGAGCAAAUGGAGCGACAAUAUUUGUCACAUUUGGACAAAGGUAUCCCAUUGGACUUCAUUACAGCGGCCUCUAUUCGUCUCAUCCUCGUCAAACUCAAACUCACGGUGAACAAGCCGCGAACGAGACAGAACCAGAACCUCAUCAUGCAACCAAGCUUCCGAAAAACUUGCGUCGAGAUUUUGGAACGUGCUCGCUUGCUGCGCCAGUAUGAAAAGAGAAAGCAAUGGCUUUGGCUAUUCCAAACGUACAUUGAGUGGGACGCCCUGUGCUAUCUGUUUAUUCAUUUGUCGCUAGUUCCAGCAGGAGAUGAUGUACACUUGGCGUGGAGCGCUGCUAGUGAUAUCUAUGAUCAUUGGAAGUAUCAUAGCGACACCUGUCUUGAUCGCCGCUGGAGGAAUAUCGAGGAACUACGUUUUCGGGCUUUGCAUGCGAGAGAACUGGUACACAGGGAGCCCAGUGUCUUUGCGACACCACCAGUGGACGGCAUUUUUGAAGGACCAGAAUCCGAUCACGUUAAUUCCUUGGAUAUGAACCUACUGAGUGAGAACGCACCAGCCAGGCAACCGGAAGUCGUUCCACCUUUACUGCAAGGUGAGGAUAUCACAGAGGGGCUAGAAAUUCCUAGUGCUGGAACUGGUUGCCAAUGGAGUGCAGGAAUCUUCGAAAGAUACUUUGAAGUGCUAGACUCGGAGAAUGACUUGCACAGGUCGUGGCUUUAG